AUGUUUUACAACAAAUGCCAUGUAGAUCAACUAUCAUUUAUUUUUCGGUAUGUUCAAAAUAAUGGCAGUACGGUAGAAAGGUUUUUAGGGUUUUUACCCAAUUCUGGUCAUAAAUCUGAAGAAUUAGUAGAUGCUGUAUUUUUAGUUUUAGAUUCGCAUGGAUUAGAUAUAAACAACUGCCGUGGUCAAAGUUACGACAAUGCAUCUAACAUGUCUGGUAUGUAUACAGGACUUCAAGCUCGCAUUAAAGAAGUUAAUCCUUUAGCUACAUUUGUACCAUGCUCGGCACACAGUUUAAAUCUUGUUGGCUGUCUUGAAACAGCUAUUAUGGCCACAUUAUGGAGUGAUAUACUAGAAAAAUUCAACAAAACUAGUAAACAAUUGCAGUCAGUUGAGAUUGAUUUAGAAACAGUGUGCUCCGAGGCGUAA